AUGGCUCAAUCUAAGCAUAUAGACAAAGUUCUUGAUAGGCAUAGUGAUGAAACUAUUGCAAAUAACCGUUUAAGGUUGAAGACAUCUAUUAAUGUUAUUCGAUGGCUUGCAUUUCAAGCAUGUUCAUUUAGAGGCGAUGAUGAAAGUCCUGGAUCUUUGAAUAGGGAAAAUUUUAUUGAGUUAAUUAAGCUUUUAGCUUCCUGUAAUCAGAAUGUUAAUAAUGUUCUUGAAAAUGCUCCUGGGAAUGCUCAAUAUAUAUCUCCCGGUGUUCAGAAAGAUAUAUUGCAUAUCUUUGCUAGAAAAGUGCGUGCAAUAAUUCGAGAAGAAAUUGGUGAUUCUAAAUUUUGUAUAAUUAUUGAUGAAGCAAGAGAUGAGUCAAAGCGAGAACAAAUGUCUGUGGUUUUGAGAUUUGUAGACAAGCACGGUUGUGUUCAAGAAAGAUUUUUUGAUCUUAUACAUGUUUCUGAUACAUGUUCUUUGACAUUGAAAACAGAAAUUUCAUCAGUUCUUUCUCGUCAUAAUCUUGAUGUCCAAAAUCUUAGGGGACAAGGGUACGAUGGAGCUAGUAAUAUGCGUGGUGAAUGGAAUGGAUUGCAAGCUCUAUUUUUGAAAGAUUGCCCUUUUGCUUAUUACAUUCAUUGUCUUGCUCAUCGAUUACAAUUAGCACUUGUUUCUGCAGCCAAAGAAGUUUGUUAUGUUCAUCAAUUCUUUUCAAAACUUACCCUAAUUGUGAAUGUUGUGACUGUUUCUCCUAAACGUCAUGAUCAGUUAAGGGUUGCUCAAGCAAAUAAUGUUGCAAACUUAAUUGCCAAUGAUCAAAUUGUGACAGGUAGUGGACUUAAUCAAAUUGGUACUUUGCAAAGAGCUAGGGAUACUAGAUGGGGGUCUCAUUUGAAUUCUGUACGUAACUUGUUAUGCAUGUUUGAUGCUACUUGUGAAGUUCUUGAAAAAACCACCGAAGAAGGUAAUUUCUCCACUCGUGGUGAUGCUAGUGCUGCUUAUGAUGCUAUCACAUCCUUUGAAUUUGUCUUUGUUUUGCAUUUGAUGAGAAAUAUUUUGGAAGUUAGUCAUGAUCUUUGUCAAGCUUUGCAACGAAAAAAUCAAGACAUAUUGAAUGCUUUAACUCUGGUUUCUACUACCAAGACUUUAAUACAAAGAAUGAGAGAAUCAAGUUGGGAGGCUUUCAUAAAAGAAGUUAUACUAUUUUGUGAGAAACAUGAAGUUGAAGUUCCUGAUAUGAAUGCAUUGCAUAUUCCUAGAAGAGGUCGAACUCGCAAAAUUGUUGAUCAAAUUUCAGUGGAGCAUCAUUACCGUGUUAAUUUAUUUCUAGCUGUAAUUGAUACACAGUUACAAGAGCUUAAUGGAAGAUUCAACGAUAAUAUGGUGGAAUUGCUUACUUUAAGUUCAACUUUAGAUCCCAGAGAUAAUUAUAAGUUCUUCAGUGUCAACAAAGUAUGUGAAUUAGUAGAACGGUUUUAUCCAGGUUACUUCAAUGACCAAGAGAAAUUUUACAUUAGAAUGCAAGCUCAACAUUAUGAACUUGAUGUUCCUAAUCAUGCUGAAUUAACUAACUUGUGCACAAUUUCAGAGUUAUGUCAAGGAUUAACGAAGACAGGAAAGUCUUUAACAUAUCCUUUGAUUGAUCGUUUGAUUCGCUUGGAUUCAGUUAUACCAAAACACAAACCAUGUUCAUUUUUCUAUGAACGGUGCCGACACAACCAAGAACCGAACCCCUCUCGCCAACGUUACUAUCUCAUCUUCUCACUGGCUCAUGUGUUAUCACCGGAAGUCGCUCCCAGAGACGUCGAGGUCCACACCGGUGAACGCCCAGAAGCGCAUUCCCAGCGUGUGGCUCCUUCUGGCGGCACCGCAUCAAGUCCACCUGCCCAGCCGGCCUGUGGUCUAUUCGAUGUAUUCAUCGUGCAAGAUAAAGGAGUUAAUAGUGUCUCUCCUUUGAUACGUCCAUCACCAUGUGGUAGUUCGUAA